GUUGGGAGAAGUGCCGGAUUGUCAACAUCAGCAGCAUUCCGGCACACCCAUCUUGUAGCCGAUUUCCUUUUCGACAUUGCACGGCACCAUAUACAGCUACCACAACAUGACGAAAUGCAACGUUUGUCGUCAGAACUUCGAUAUCCCGAUGGCGAAGUAAAGAAUGUUAUCCUCUACAUUGACGGAUACAUCGCGCGGAUCCAGCGGCCUGACCAUGCGGGAAACGCAUAUUUUUGCGGCAGGCAUGGGAAGUCUUGCGACUCUCUCAAUACCCAGUAUGUAACCGACCAAUUCGGCAAAGUUCGUCACAUCAUUACAGGACUCCCCGGGUCAACCCAUGAUAAGACCGCCACUGAAUGGAGCAGGACCUUCAUGGACUUUCUGGACAACCUCCCGGAUGGAUACAUAACGAUAGGGGACCCUGCCUACAGGAAUCUCCACCGCAACGUUGGUCAUCGGUUCGUGGGACACGGCCUCACUGAUGAGCAGCAACAGUUCAACGAUGAUAUAACAAGACUUCGACAAGUGAUAGAGCGCACCAUCGGGGCGACACAGCUCAAGUGGCGGAUGGCUCAGAUGAAAGAGAACAGGCUCGCAGCUAAAGGAGGGAUUAUCUUUGCGUCAAAACUCAUCGUGUCCAUGGCAGUUCUACACAACCGAUAUACAAAUUACUUAUAAGCUAUCAUUCUCGUAGUUAAGAAACCGUACAAAAAUUUGCGAAUGAAAUGUACCUUUUCUUUGUCAGUUCAUCUCAAUGAAUGCCGUCACUUCUUCGCUCUCUCUCUCGCUCCCUCUCUCUCUCUCUCUCUACUUCUUAUGCUCAGUGGCGGUUGCAGGAUUUUCCUUUUUUCAAACUUUUUCGGCUAGGGGGGGGGGGGGGCGUCG